CCCCCUUCCGUUUCCUCCGCGCCCCCUCUCUCCCCCCCCCUUGCCCUCCCCAAGAUGAGCGCCCGUCGUAUCACCGACUACUCGCGCUUCCUGUCGAAGACCAGCGCCCUGCGCCAGCCUUCGGCCAUUCGCGCCCUCCAGCCUCUGAUGAACCUGCCCGGCAUGAUCUCCCUCGGUGGUGGCAACCCCAACCCCUCGACCUUCCCCUUCGCCAAGGCAUCCCUGACUCUGCGCAACGGCGAGUCGGUGGAGAUCGGCGAGAAGGACAUGGCCGCGGCCCUGCAGUACGGCGCGUCGGCCGGCAGCCCGGGGCUGCUGAGCUGGCUGAAGCAGCUUCAGCAGGCGGAGCACGGCAGCAAGGCCGGGCUCUUCCGGGAUCUGUCGGCCCCGGGGGCCUACACGCCCAAGGACUGGGACAUCUGCAUUGGUACCGGCAGUCAGGACCUGCUGCUGCGCACUUUCGAGAUGCUGCUGGACCCGCAGACGGACUCGGUGCUGGUGGAGUCGCCCUGCUACAGUGGCGUGCUGGCCGGGCUGCGGCCGCACCUCGGGGCCAACCCCGGGGCGGUGGUUGGUGUUGGCACCGAUGAGCAUGGUCUCCGGCCGGAUCGCGUGGAUACCGUUCUUCGGAACUGGCCGACUCUGGAGCAGGACCCCACGGCGCGCGCUCGCCCGCGCGUGCUCUACACCAUCCCGGCCGGUGGGAACCCCACUGGCACCACGCAGCCGGAGCACCGGCGCCGGGAGCUCUACGAGGUGGCCCGCGAGCAUGACCUCCUCAUUGUGGAGGAUGACCCGUACUACUAUCUGCAGUAUGGCGAGGGCGAGCGUGCUCCCUCCUUCUUGGCUCUCGAUGAGGAUGCCCGUGUUCUGCGCACGGAUUCCUUCAGCAAGAUUGUUUCGGCCGGCAUGCGCAUUGGCUUCGCCACCGGGCCGGCCCCGCUGGUCGACCGGCUGGUUCUGCACGCUCAGGCGGGCUGCCUUCACCCGAGCGGCAUUGCUCAGGCCACCCUGCUGGCUUACCUGAACCACAUUGGUGUCGAGGGGUUCCUGAAGCACUGCGACGAGGUGGCCGACUUCUAUCGCUCUCGUCGGGAUGUGUUCUGCGAGGCGGCUGACCGGCACCUGAAGGGCCUGGCCGAGUGGCACUCCCCGGACGCCGGCAUGUUCGUCUGGUUCCGCCUGCUUGGUGAGAUUCAGGACAGCGCCCCGCUGAUCCGGACCAAGGCCGCUGAGAAGCGCGUCCUGCUGGUCCCGGGCGAGAGCUUCAUGCCGGAGUGCGGUGACGGCGGCAUUGUCUCCUCCUUCCCCCUCGGCGCGCAGGAGGACGGCAGCCAGAGCACUGGCACCUCGCCGUACGUGCGUGCCAGCUUCAGCACGGCCGAUGCGGAGCAGAUCGACCAGGCGCUCCAGCGCCUGGCGGCGGUCAUCCGCGAGGGCUGAGCGGUGUGAUGCCCUGCAUUGGGGCAUGUGAUCCUUCCUCCAUUGGAAGCUCCAUGACCGCGCGCCGGCCGGGGAUCGUGUCUGGCCGGCGGCGUAGAAGGAGCCGAAAAAAAAAAAAGGAGCCAGGGAUGCGCGCGGAAUAAAGGCCUCUCUUGCUGG